AUUGAGCACGGUGGCCGGCAGAGGUGAUUGAGCAGUCAGAAUUAGCAGUCGUUUCUUGUUUGUAGACUGUUGUGGAGUGAAAGAGUAACGUAAAUAAAGACAAACAAAAUAUGGGUUCCCUGACAAUCAUUCUAUCUGUCUGCGCUGUCUUCAUCGUAUUUUCGGUGACUGAGGCUGCAUCCGGCAACUGUCCCCUGCCGUCCAAAGUCUACAGCUGCUCCCCGAAGUGCCAGCAGGACUACGAGUGUACCCACGGCAAGGUGUGCUGCCCCAACGGCUGCAACACCAAGUCGUGCUCGCAGCCGGCCGCCGGCGGCACCGGCUCUGGAGGCUCCAGCAAGUACUCCUCGUCUGGAGCGGGUAUCUACUGCGACAACGUGAAGUGUAACGCGUACGAAGUCUGCAAGUUGGACCCCACCACCAAGAGAAACAAGUGCAGUCGCGCUUAGUUCCGAUACCAUAGUACCGAUAUAUAAUAGAGUAACGGUGAGUUUGUUUUUGUAAAGUGUAACUGGCCAUAACUACUGAUUUGAAAAAAGAAAAGAAGAAAGUAUUUUAAUGAAUGACAUAAUCAGUUUUGUAAUUGCAUCGUAUUAAGUACCUUUAUUCUUAUUUAUUCUUGUAUUUUUAAAGGCUGAAUGAUAUAUGAACCAUAUUGAUAUUUUGGCGAACAUAAAACGAUAAACAAAAGGAGUUGAAAGUCACAACACAAGCGUAUUAUGGUUUAGUUUUGUAUGCGAGUUUCUUUAUCACGCCGUAAUUCUUAAACUUAUCAGGUAACGAUGUGUUAGGUAUCGUUAUACAAUUUACAUUACCUCGGACACAGAUUAAAACAUACUUAGGUUAUGUGACGUCAUUACAAAAUCAAUAUGACUUAUUAUUACUCAUAUCACAUCAAAAUAAAAUUUUAUAAUCGAGUAAAUGUCAAAAAGGAUACCUAACUCGUACCUAAGUGAAUAUACUCCUGUUUUACUUUAGCCAUACAUUUGUUAAACAUAAAAAUUAAAUGAUGAAACUAAACUGUAUACUCAAGAGAGUACAAAGAUAUUAAAACAUGACAACGGUCGUGUUUUAAUAUCUUUGUAAAAUUGGUUAUUGAAAUUUGUUUGAACCUAUACAUUUUGUAAUUAAACAAACAAUUUUUUAAUUAAAAUCUUUUGUAUUAAAUGAUAUACCAGUAUAUUAAAAACUUAUUAGGUAACUAGUAGGAUGCCAUCAGCGUUGCCGGACGACGGACGACGUGGGGAGGACAGUCGCAAAGCAAACAAUACUUACUAUACUAUACUUUAAAACUCACAAAAAAACUUACCUUAUACUUUUGCACAAAUGGUAUAUAAUAAAUAGGUACCUAAUUGAAAUUUUCAAUAAAAUUUAGCUAUUGUGUUUUUAUUAAAAAUAUUUAAAACUAUAUUUUUAAAUAUUAUGUAUCUAUAUAAUAUUGCGUUUUUUUUCUAUUAUGUCCCGUGUUUGAAGAAAUAUUCCCGCUUUUCUCAUUAGGUUCCAAAAUUCUUCUGCCCAAAAAACAGAUCUGACAAAGCUGAAUGCCAUAUAUAUACUCGUUAGUUACUUAGUAGGUAACUAGGUAGUUACGUUGCAAGUACGAAUUUAAUUAAAUUCUAAUAAUUUAAUUAAUCAAUGAAUUGGUAUAAGUGUGUAGGUAUGUUUACUUUCUUCAUUUCAUUGACAUUGAACUUUAUUAUUGUCAUAACCUGCAUUUGCGAUAUCGAAGGUUAUUUAUCCGAGAUAGGUCAAUUCAAAAUUAAUACUUCAAUGAAUGCGCUUUGCCAAUAUAUCGUAUUAGUAUAUAUAUUUAUUAGGAGAUUUUGUAUCACCAUAUUUUUUAUUAAAAAUAACAAGGCCAUGUUUUUUUUUAUAAAUAAAUUAUAAUUUGUA